AAUAAGUUUGUUGCUGUAGUGCAGCUCAUUCGUCUUGUCUCCCUCUUCUCUGCUGGUCGCAUAGACACAUUAUCUGAUCAACCGAUCAAGCCAGAAAGAAUGGGGAAUGAGCACGACGACGAUUUCAAGGACGAGAAGAACCCCCGCCCUCUCGACGAGGAUGACAUCGCACUCCUCAAAACCUAUGGUUUAGGUCCUUACUCCACAAUUAUUAAGAAAGUCGAGAAGGAAAUCAAAGAUAUGGCAAAGAAAGUCAAUGACUUAUGCGGUAUCAAAGAGUCUGAUACUGGUUUAGCUGCACCAAGCCAGUGGGAUCUCGUUGCUGAUAAGCAAAUGAUGCAAGAGGAGCAGCCUCUUCAGGUAGCUAGGUGCACGAAGAUUAUAAAUCCAAAUUCUGAAGAUGCCAAAUAUGUUAUCAAUGUGAAGCAGAUAGCAAAGUUCGUUGUUGGGCUUGGUGACAAGGUUUCCCCCACUGACAUAGAAGAAGGGAUGCGCGUAGGGGUUGAUAGAAACAAAUAUCAGAUUCAGAUUCCCUUGCCUCCAAAAAUUGAUCCAAGUGUUACCAUGAUGACAGUUGAAGAGAAGCCUGAUGUAACAUAUAAUGAUGUUGGUGGUUGUAAGGAGCAGAUUGAAAAGAUGCGAGAAGUUGUUGAACUUCCCAUGCUUCAUCCGGAGAAAUUUGUUAAACUUGGAAUUGAUCCUCCAAAAGGUGUACUUUGCUAUGGUCCACCAGGGACAGGCAAAACACUUCUUGCUAGGGCUGUGGCUAACAGGACUGAUGCUUGUUUUAUAAGGGUCAUUGGAAGUGAGCUAGUUCAGAAAUAUGUUGGUGAGGGUGCUAGAAUGGUCCGUGAAUUAUUUCAGAUGGCACGUUCAAAGAAGGCAUGCAUUGUCUUUUUUGAUGAAGUUGAUGCCAUUGGAGGUGCGCGGUUUGAUGAUGGUGUAGGUGGUGAUAAUGAGGUUCAGCGCACAAUGCUUGAAAUUGUGAAUCAGCUUGAUGGAUUUGAUGCCCGUGGAAAUAUCAAAGUGUUGAUGGCAACUAACAGGCCUGAUACUCUCGAUCCAGCACUACUGCGGCCUGGGCGAUUGGAUCGCAAAGUUGAGUUUGGGCUUCCUGAUUUAGAGAGUAGGACACAGAUAUUCAAGAUCCACACUAGAACCAUGAACUGUGAAAGGGAUAUCCGCUUUGAACUUUUGGCUCGGCUUUGCCCGAAUUCCACAGGAGCCGAUAUAAGGAGUGUUUGCACCGAAGCUGGUAUGUACGCAAUUCGAGCUCGAAGGAAGACUGUAAUAGAGAAAGACUUCCUUGAUGCAGUAAAUAAAGUCAUCAAAGGAUACCAGAAGUUCAGUGCUACACCCAAAUAUAUGGUCUACAAUUGAGAUAUUCUUUCAUACAUUUUCUUAGUAUCCGUGUUUAACACGUUCAACAUUUGGCGGUUAUCCCAGCAUUGCCAAACUAAUCCCUUCAGUUCCUUAACAAUUGCCUGGAAAUACCGAGGAACUUGAUAGUGUGAAGGGCUCUGAUUUUUCCCCCCUCCACCUAGGAUUGAAUCCAGGACCUUCGGCCCGUUGAACAUCUCUUCCUUAGUUGGGUUUGUCACUUGAAUAGAGUCAUUGGCUAACACGAUCACCUUUCACUUUAAAAUCAUGGUACCAAACAUUUUUACAUAGUUACAUACUUACAUCUAUAAAAUUUAUUCUCUUUAAAUUGGUCCUUC